CGUACGCGUGAGCUGAGUGCGAAGCUGCGAGUUAUUGGGGUUUAUCUGCAGUUACGGUUCACAUUAAUAGUUAAUAUGAAAAUAUCGGAACCAACGUAGCGACCAAUGCACGUUUUGACAAGAAAAGUCCACAGUGUAAAGCAUGUGACUUGGCGCCUUUCACUCUGCGUUGGCCUCUUACCAAGUUAGUCAGUAGAAAGAGGAUCUUUACCGUCAUCAGCUGGUGCAACAAAACACGACAAACAGUCACUCCAAUGUCUUUAGUGGAGGACUUUCUGGACGUGCUGCACAUGGUCUUGGAGUACUUUGGAGUGCCCCCUGACAUGCUGGUUCCAGUGUGGGACAGUCAGCUGUGCGGCCAGUAUCGCAGUGUUGUGCGCAUGAUCGGGACCAACCUCCCACUGACGCCUACGCCGCGCAUCCACUUUCAGAUCCCUCUGCUGGGCUACAGGCCCAAUGGUUACGUGGACACCGCUGCGGAGACACCGGCCAUCCCCUCGUUUGCUGACGUCCUUUGGGUGUUUGAGGAUGAAGGCGAGAGCUUCGCCAAGACCAGGAACCAUUUGCCUCCAGCGAGGCGAGAUGCUGUGAACGGGGAUGUGGCGAGGUACCCCGGACGGGCCCAGGGUGAAGCCCAAAGGGUAGGCGGAUCAGCUGGUUCGGACGCUCUGAAGAAGAUCACGGCGCUGGAGAGCGAGCUGCUCAAACUGCGCGCUCAGAUCGCCAUGAUCGUUACUGCCGCUCCCGCCGCAGGUCAGCUGGAGUCCCACAGUAACCCGGGCACGCCCACGACGUCUUCCAACCUUCCGGCGGCUCGCACCUCCACGCCUCGCUGUGCUGCUCCCCCACCGCCUCCUCCCCCACCGCCUCCUCCUCCUCCCUGCUCUGACUCCUCCGCUGAGACUCCGUCCAUAUUGGAGCUGAUCCGCCUGCGCAGGAGGAACGAGAACAACCUGGUCAAGGCCCCGCCCCGGGACGCCAAGGCGACAGGGUUCCCGUCCAUGCUGGACGUUCUCAAGGACUUGAACCAAGUGAAGCUGCGUUCAGUGGAGAGAUCCCCGGGGGGCACGCCGGUCGGGCGGAGACGCAGCAAGGGGGGUCCAGCGCUGCUGAGCGACCCGGCGGCGCUCAUCGCCGAGGCGCUAAAGAGGAAGUUUGCUCAGCAUCGGCACAACAACUCCUCGGAUAAAGAAAACUCCCUCGAAGUCUCGCCGUUCGGGAGUCCGGAAACACCCAAGGCUCCUCCCCAUCUCAGACGCAGUAAGGGCCGCCUCCAUCUCUGACCACAAAGUGUCGAAGGUCAGACAGCCGCAGCUCCCUUGGACGUGCCUCAAAGACAAGCCACUACUGCAGCAGCUGACCUCCGCUCCUUUUUUAUUUGUGUUGGUCUUUUCCCUUGUUCUUGAAAGAGUGUGUGUCUCACAAUGAGCAAAGUUUUGUAUCUGUUACGUCUCUGAUUGUUGGGAGGCUCAGGCGGAUGUUUGUGUUACAGCGGUUGCUGGAAAAAGCAAUUUGGUUCGGUUGUUUUUGUUCAAUGGAGUCUUAAGAUGUUAAUAUCUUUUUAAAUAUAAUAAUGUAUUAAAAGCAGGUUUGCACUGGAGCUUUUAGUCAUCCUGCUUAAAGUAACUUUGGGGCUGUAUAAUUCUUACCUCAACCAAGUGAAAUGAACGAUGGCUGCUGAGAUUCACGCAGCUCUACUCUAUGCAACGGCUUUUUUCAGAUUGUUUUAUUGUACAUUAAAGUGUUGAAGUGCACUGAUCAAUUUUUAUUGCCAUUCUCUUGUUUUG